AUGUCUGGUCGCGGUAAAGGUAAAGCUAAGGGCACCAAGUCCAAAAGCCGCUCAUCACGAGCAGGGCUUCAAUUCCCUGUAGGUCGAAUGUCCGAAGCAAAUUCCUCCGCUAAAAAGAAGCCGACUGCGCCCAAAAAGCCAGCCGAGCAUCCACCUUAUGCUGACAUGAUCAUAGCUGCUAUCUUAGCGUUGAAAGAGCGAAACGGCUCUUCUCGCCAAGCCAUCGAGAAGUACAUCAAGGCCAACUACAAGGUUGGUGAGGUCGGUCCACACCUGAAGAUGGCUUUAAAGAGGGGCGUCACGAGUGGAAAGUUUGUCCACACCAAGGGAGUUGGAGCUUCUGGUUCCUUCAAGGUGGCCAAGGAGGAAAAGAAGGAGAAGAAGCCGAAGAAGAAGCCAGCAGCAAAGAAGUCUGCUGCUAAACCAAAGAAGCCCGCCGCCAAGAAGGCAGCAAAGAAACCAGCGGCCAAGAAGACCGCAAAGAAACCAGCGGCCGUAAAGAAACCCGCAACUAAAAAGCCAGCACUCGCCACUAAGGCAGCUCGUAAGAGCGCUCCUGCUACUGGUGGAGUCAAGAAACCUCAUCGUUACAGGCCUGGUACGGUCGCUCUUCGUGAGAUCCGUCGUUACCAGAAAUCCACCGAGCUGUUGAUCCGCAAGCUGCCCUUCCAGCGUCUUGUGCGAGAAAUCGCUCAAGAUUUCAAGACAGAUCUGCGUUUCCAAAGCUCGGCUGUGAUGGCCCUUCAAGAAGCUAGCGAGGCUUACCUUGUUGGUCUGUUUGAAGACACCAACUUGUGCGCCAUCCACGCCAAGCGUGUCACGAUCAUGCCUAAGGACAUUCAGUUGGCCCGCCGAAUCCGCGGAGAACGAGCUUAAGUGAAGAACCUCCACAAAACAAACGGCUCCUAUAGGAGCCACCACAUGAAUAAAAGCAAUGACCA